CUUCCGUCCAUCAUGUCGUUGCCUCAGUCGCUGCGAACGUCUGUCACACCGCCUGAGCUCGAGCUCAUCGCGUGCCAGGAGCUUAUUGAAAUUAUACCUCUUAUUUCCAUGGAAAAAACAGCUUUCAUCUCGGGCGCGUAUGGGCCGCUGCGACCCCCACAUAAAGCCAGAACUCCUCUUUGGAUGGCUUUGAAUCUAAAAUCAAAGAGGAAAUGUCAUAUUGUCGCGCCAGAUUGGCUAAGCGUAGAAUACUUGCAAGAUCGACUGACCGAGGAAACUACGAGGAAGGAAUUCAGUAGCCUACCUUUCCGAUUUGCCGAAAUCGCCAAAGUUUUACUUGAUGUUGCAUCGGAUGACCUACAAAACCCUGAUCGUCUACGUUCGUUGCUCAAGGACAUACGCGAGGCUCGUCAGGCAAAGAGUAGAGAAGGUCUACGCCAGCUUGAUCACAGCGAUUUAAUGUUAACGCGCCUUUGCUCCAUGGAAAUUAAUGAGAUCCGACCUUUCUUCAUACAGUCAAUGGGUGUAUUGACGCAACUUACCCGCCAGUCUACAUCAGAGUCGUGACGGUUUUCUGGCUCCCAGUUUAUUGCCUUUCAUAACCGAGUAUCA